CCCGUAAUACCUAUGCGGGCGCCACUGCCGUCGCCCACUCAGGCCACUGAGCAGCCAUCCUCCACCUUCCACCGUCCUCGCUCUCUCUCCUCGCGCUCUUUCCAGCUCUCUCUCUUAUGGUUCAUGUGAAGGGCCAAAAGGGAAGGGAGAGCGAAAAGAUAGAAAAGGAGUCGCUCGCUGCUUAUGAUAGAGAUUUUCAGUAUUUAUUGUAUUCAGGUGGCGGUUUACCUCACUCAUCUUCUUCUCUCUCUCCUCUUACGCAUAAGAGGUCCAGAUUUCUGGUAUGGAAUAUGUAGUGACUGAGCUGCGAAGUUUUUAAAUUUGGGUUUCGUAGCAAAGUUCUAAACUUUUCCGAGAGUAUUUCACGGCGAGGUUUUGGAAUAGAUAUGCAUCGGAUUUUUGCUAUAGUUUGAGAAACCCGUAGGUUGGAAUGAGAGGCAUACCAUGUUUCCUGCAAAACCUGGAAAAGUUGGUAACUCGCACCCGCUUUCAGCCAAGAAAUUUGGCUCUUUUAGGUUUUGAAUAUGACCAGGGCCAUCCUCCAUGGUUUUCUGAAGGAUGACUCUCGUUCUGUUGGUGCUUUACACGUCGAGGAGCAUGGAACCAUAAGCCAGCAUCUUCGGAAUCAUAUUCACCUCACAAACUGCAUCCAUCUCAAGAACCAUAUGCAUCGCCACAGCCCAAUUCAGGCGGAAAGAUCUCUCAUGAGGGACUUGGUUGUUCUUCAGAGGUCAAAGUCUCUCCGAGACCCCUCGACCAGCCCUCCCUCCUGGCUUUCCCCUUUUGUUAUUGCCACAUUGGUGAAGAGAUCAGGAAAGGAUGCUGGAGUUCACAGUGGGAGAAGAUCUAUUGGUGUUGAUUUGGUAGGGGAUGCCGGUCGGUUAUCUGUCAGCCAUCCCAAGGUUGCUGGCUUGGCCGCAUUAAAUGUUCCUCCAAUAGGAACAAGUGGUGAUCACAGUGCUGGUAGGGAAAGUAGGGAUGGUGAAAUGAGAAAGGAAGAAGAUGGUAGCAGAUUGAACCAAAGUGAUAAGGCAUCUCAUUCUAGUCUACUUGGGAAGAAUCCUCGUCUCAAGACACUCUCAGAGCAAUUGGAAGAAAUUCCCAGUCAGACUGAUAAUGAGAUAACAAAACCUUCUCGCCAUUGCCAACAAAGAGUCCAAAGAGGCGGAGGCGGUGAUAGAAGAAGUAAAGAGUUGAAGGCAAGUGGUCAUGCUCAGCUCAGUGGGUUUAGUAGAACGAAGAGGCGAAAGUUCAGAGGUUCCAGGAGGACUCAUGGUUCAGUAGAUUUAAGGGGUGGUAGAGUGCACAAUGAUAUGUCGGUUGCUUCAACUUCGUUUCCCCAAGAUUUUACACAUCACAAAUGUUGUUUGGGGGAGGAAAAGGAAGAUCAAGAUAAUGCUGAAAUGGAUGUCAGUCAGGCUCCAAGGCAUGGUUGUGGGAUUCCAUGGAAUUGGUCAAGGAUACAUCAUAGAGGUAAGACAUUCCUGGAUAUUGCAGGCAGAAGCUUGGCUUGUGGGUUGUCUGAGUCGAGAUUGAGGAAAGAUGGAAGUUCUAUUCAGCAUAGCCAAAAGGAAAAGGAUAAUUUUAAAAAUCCUAUUACAUCUCAACUAUUAUCUUCAUCAACUGGAUAUGAUUCAGAGGCCCUUCCAUUCUUAUUAGAUCCAUCUGGAUCACCCGAAGGUAAUUUGAAUUCUUGUAUGUCUCGGGCUUGCUCCGGGGAGCUCAGUAUUUAUGUUAAUAACUGUCAUGAACUAGAUUCCGAUCUUGUAUCAGAAGCAAAAUCAGGCAACCAGCACAAUUCUACAGGGUAUUGCAAAGGUAGACACAAAAAUCUCACACAAAAGUAUAUGCCCAAGACAUUUAAAGAUCUUGUGGGACAAAACUUGGUAGUCCAGGCGCUUUCGAAUGCUGUCUUGAGAGGAAAAGUUGGGUUGAUAUAUGUCUUCUAUGGGCCCCAUGGAACUGGUAAAACCUCCUGUGCUCGAGUUUUUGCAAAAGCUCUGAAUUGCCAGUCCACUGAACAUGCUAAACCAUGUGAUGUGUGUAAUUCCUGUAUUUCACACAAGCUGGGCAAGAGUAAAAAUUUGAUUGAAGUGGGAGCAAUUAGCACGUUUGACACUGGGAGAAUUAUGGAUGCUCUAAAUAAUGCAAUGCUAUUCCCAUCAACAUCCCAGUACAAAGUUUUCAUUGUUGACGACUGUGAUACCUUGUCUCCUGAUUUUUGGAUGGCAAUCUCGAAGGUUGCUCAUCACGCUCCGCGACACGUGGUUUUUAUCCUUGUCAGCUCUUCUCUCGAUCAUUUGCCUCAUCUAAUCAUAUCUAGGUGCCAGAAAUUUUAUUUUCCAAAAGUCAAGGAGUCAGAUAUCAUCCUUACUUUGCAGUGGAUUUCAACUAGUGAGGGCCUAGAAAUUGAUAAAGAUGCACUGAAACUAAUUGCUUCACGAUCAGAUGGAUCCUUAAGAGAUGCAGAGAUGACCCUCGAUCAGCUCAGUUUGCUUGGACAAAGAAUUUCUCUUCCUCUUGUCCAGGAACUUGUAGGUUUAGUUUCUGAUGAAAAACUAGUGGACUUGCUUGAUGUGGCUCUAUCGGCAGACACGGUUGACACUAUCAAAAGCUUAAGAGAGAUUAUAGAAGCUGGAGUGGAACCUCUAGCACUCAUGUCACAACUUGCAACAUUGAUUACUGAUAUACUUGCAGGAAGUUACAUAUUUACAAGAGAAAGGCCUCGAAGAAAGUUUUUUCGCCGUCAAACUUUAUCGAAGGAAGAUAUGGAGAAACUACGCCAAGCUUUGAGAACCCUUUCUGAAGCUGAGAAAAAUUUGAGGCAGUCCAAUGACAAAUUAACUUGGCUCACAGCUGCUCUUUUGCAAAUUGUUCCUGAUCAACAAUAUACUCUGCCAACUUCUGUUGACACUAAUUUGAACCAGACUCCAUUGCUUGUUAACCAUGCUGAUGAGCGAAUAGAAGUUGGGAAUUCUGUUCAUGAGGAUGAUGAGGCAUUUUAUAGUGAUAGAGGAUUAAACAGAAACUUAGAGCUUUAUAGUCAGAGAGAAAGAGGAAUUAAAAAUGCCAUGCACGCGAACAGUAAGAAUGGCGAUAGCAACAGCAACUGGAAGGAACGCUUUGAAUACACUCCAAAUGGAAAGGUGCACAUUGCUCACACACCUGAAGCUUUGAUGCGGUUGACUGGAGCCACUAAAGAAAACUUGAGCUAUAAGUUUGACAGAAGAUGUAAGGAUUAUGGAAAGAUAUGGCAAGAAGUUAUUGAAAAUAUUCAACCGGAUGCACUUAAACAAUUUCUUUCGCAGGAGGGAAGGUUGAAUUCUGUCCGCCUAGGUUCUGCACCCACUGUGCAACUGGACUUUGGGUCACCUGAUAGCAAAUCCAAAGCUGAAAAAUUUAGAGAACAGAUUGUGCAAGCGUUUGCGUCUGUUCUUAAUGCCACUGUGAUACUUGAAAUCAGAUGCAACCCUCAGAUAGAUGGUAGACAAGAUGUUCAAGUUACCGAUGAUAUGCAUGAUCUCAGGAAUGUUUCUUCUAGGAUGAUCAAUAUUCAACGAUCAAUUUCUAAUCGCACCUCUCAUUGCCAGCAGUCUGAAAACCUUCUGAGGCGGAUACCUAAAGAAAAUGCUAUUAAAGGAAGUGGCUCGAGCCUUGCUAGAGAGCUACAGUUUGAUUCUCUCGCUACGGAAAGAGAUCGCAAGGGAAAAGGGUCAGAAUGUGCAUGGGUAGGAGAGGGAUCUUCUUUGCAACAACAUGGCGACACAAGUCUUGUAUCUGGAAGGAAGGAUUAUGACGAGCAAAGUCAUAGUAAAAGCUUAGUCAAAGGUAAAGUUUCCCUUGCUCAUGUCAUUCAGCAAGCUGAAGGUUGUGCAAACCAUGGUGGUUGGUCCAGACACAGAGCAAUCUCAAUUGCCGAGAAACUUGAACAAGAAAACAUGAGAUUAGAAUCCCGAUCAAGAAGUUUGCUAUGCUGGAAAGGCCCAAGAGUCACUCGAUCAAAGUUUCUUCUUUCAAGAAAUAGGACAAAGAAUUCAAGAUCCCUGCUGAAACUUUUAACCUGUAGUAGAUGUUUAUCUUCUAGAUCUGCAAGGUAAAAGCACCUUUUGGUUAUCUGCCUAUAUGAUGUAUAAGACCUUUCUGCUUUACUACAGUUUUAGUUCAUGUCACACUUGUUUUAAUCUUUUCAAUGUGUUCUUUGAUCAACCUUUUAAGAAUGUGUACAUUUAUCAUUAUGCUUAUGAAUAAAUCAAUCUCCCAGAUUUUUUUUAA